CGGAGUUGAACAGGAAACACUUCUUUGCUACCCUAGCUAGCUAAAACAUAGGGACUCUUAGAAGACACUGUGCUUAAAAUGAACACUCGUGGUCUCCGCUCACAACUGAAGGACAGUGUCCCAGUGGCAGGUCUUUGCCCGCAGGCAGGACCUUAUGGUAUACAAGACACACUGCGUAUGGGGUUCUCAAGCGUUAAAAAUGAGCUUCUCCCCAGUCAUCCAUUGGAGCUCUCUGAGAAAAAUUUCCAACUUAACCAGGACAAAAUGAACUUUUCCACACUAAGGAACAUUCAAGGACUCCAUGCUCCACUGAAGCUUCAAAUGGAGUACAGAGCUGCCAAACAAAUUCAACGUUUGCCAUUUCUGCCAAGUUCAAACCUGGCCCUAGAUACACUUAAAGGCACCGAUGAGAGCAUUGGCUUUGAGGACAUCCUUAAUGAUACUGCACAGUGUGAGGUGACGGGAGAGCCACACAUCAUGACGGAGUACAAACUUGGUCUGCUUUGAUCCCAUUGGUUUUGUAUCACUAAGUGGUUUCAUCUUUUCCCUUUAGAUUCUGAACUGAGCUUGGCUAAUGUGUUUCUAAUAAAAAUAUAAAUGUUUAA